AUGCCACACAAAGGUUCAAUACCUCUGUCCGAUACUCCCGAUGUUCUUAGAGGUAGUGCUUUGCAGAACCUGGCUGCAAAUAUUGAUGAUGUUCAUCAUAUGGAAGAGAAAAUGCUUCGGUUGCUUGAAGAUUUUGAGGCUGGAAAAAUAGUAUCUGUUGGCGCCGAUUGCCCAUAUGACAAACUGGAUGCGGUCAGAGAGCAACAGGAGGAAUUGAUGCGCUUGCAUUUCGAAUUGGACAACAAGAUGCAAAGCACUACGGGGCCUAUUUCUGGUCGUAAUCGGCAGCAAGCAAGAAGGCAUGAUUUUGUAAAAUUUUGUCUCUCGUCACUUGCACCUCGUUAA